CCCUCGUGCUUCAGCACUACUUGGAGGAACAGCUCCCGCGCGCGCCUCCCGUGCAGCAGACAUCCCGCCGUUGAGUCCCGUGGAUAAGGAAACCCCAUUGGCUAAAUACUCCUUGGGGGCACUGGAAUAUUUUUUGUAUAGUAUUAAGAAUAGUUUGCGGGAAUAAAACAAACACCAAUUUGCUCAAAGAUGAACGACAUUCUCCUGAACUUGUCCCUGGACCGGGACUCGGGAGGAUCGGACUACCACAACUUUUCGGAAGAGGAGGAGUGGAUGAUGUCGGGGGACGGGGAGACGGUGAAUUUCGUGAUACGAUGCGUCAUGACCUCGGUGUACAUCCUGAUCAUCACCGUGGGACUGCUGGGAAACAUCACGCUGGUGAAGAUCUUCGUCACCAACAGCGCCAUGCGCAGCGUUCCCAACAUCUUCAUCUCGAGCCUGGCGGCGGGAGACCUGCUGCUGCUUGUGACCUGCGUGCCCGUGGACGCCUUCCGCUACUUCUUCGAGGAGUGGAUCUUCGGCGUGGUGGCGUGUAAACUCAUCCCUGUGAUCCAGCUCACCUCGGUGGGCGUAUCGGUGUUCACUCUCACGGCGCUCAGUGCAGACAGGUACAAGGCCAUAGUGAACCCCAUGGACAUCCAGACGUCCGGUGCGGUGGUGUGGACGUGCCUGAAGGCGGUCUCUAUCUGGCUGCUCUCCAUGCUGCUGGCGGUCCCGGAAGCCAUAUUCUCCCAGGUCGUCUCCAUGCAGGGUCACAGCGGUAACGUCACCUUCGUGAACUGCGUGCCGUACCCGCUGUCCAAUCAGAUGCACCCCAAGAUCCACUCGGUGAUGAUCUUUCUGGUGUACUUCCUCAUCCCGCUCGGCAUCAUCUCCGUGUACUACUUCCACAUCGCACGCACCCUCGUCCGCAGCGCGCACAACAUGCCGGGCGAGGUCAGCGAGCACACCAAGAGACAGAUGGAGACCAGGAAGCGUCUGGCUAAGAUCGUGCUGGUGUUCGUGGGGCUGUUCGCACUGUGCUGGUUCCCCAACCACGUGCUGUACAUGUACCGCUCCUUCCACUACCAGCAGAUGGACCUCUCCCUGACCCACCUGGUCAUCAGCCUGCUGGCCCGCGUGCUCAGCUUCUCCUCAUCCUGCGUCAACCCCUUCGCCCUCUACCUGCUGAGCGACAGCUUCAGACGCCACUUCAACAGUCAGCUGCAGUGUGGCCGGGCGCCCCACCCCCAGCGCCAGGCCAGCUACCUGCAGAGCACCUCCCACAUCCGCCUCACCUCCAUCAAAAAGACCACCCCCGCCGCCGUCGUCACGGCAGCAGUGCACGUCACAAAUGGAGGCGGCCAGAGAUCGGAGGAGGCUCUCUGAAGUACGCUAGCGAGUACACUGACGAGUACGCGAGCUGGGCAGGGAUAAGUGGCCUCAGAGGGACGCGCUGUGCUGCCGCCCACGGCGCAGUCAAUUCAUCAGGCUUACUGACCAAACCAACAUCUCGCAGUCUACACUGAAAAAUAAAUGCAGAAACAAUCUCCCGCUGACAAACAGGGGAUAAACACUUCUCGUCCAAGGAAACCUUCUCUUUCCAACGUCAACCAACAGUCCAUUCUUCAGCAUGGUUCGGAGGAAGUCCUGGAACCGGAGCCACAUCGAACUCAGUGGAACAAACAUGCACAAAGGCAGGAGAGACAAACGCUGGGAGUGUGUGGGUGAGAGAGAGAGAGAGAG